AUGUCGCUCUUCUUUUCCGGAGCGGUGACCAGUUCGCCAAUCAAACGACGGCUGAGAUCUAGCCCCGCCCACCGGAGCCCGGACGUGUCCUUGCUGUCUCCUGACUCCUCCUACGUAUGCUACACGCCGGAGGGCGGCGCCCCGUCCGUCUGCUGCCGCCGCUCGCCACGCCUCCUCACCAACGGCUACUACGCCGUGACCGACGACAGCUUCCUGUGGGACGAGGACGGCAAUGUGUCGUUGACGCCGUGUGCCGCUAGCGUGUCCUACAAGGAGAAUCUUUUCAGAGUGUUCCGGAAGCGGCGGCGUAAAAGCGUCACGAGCGCCCUGGCUACUCUGCUGAGCGACGUGACCGAGAGUUGCCAGACGUGGCUGGACGACCGAAUCUUGGCGGGCGUCUUUCGUUCGGACCGGGACCUUAAGACAAAACCGGCCAGGGAGGAAGAAUCUCAUUGGCCGGCGGAUGACGGCGGCAGCUGCGAUUUCUUCACUUACGACCCCCACCGAGUGGAGCCUCCUUGGGAAAAGGAGGCCCCGCCCCCCAAGAUGAUGAUCCAGGAGGAGAUUGGCUCGGAAAUCUGUCAAGGGAGCAAACGCUUGGACCAGCCGCAAGGCGGACUCUUGGAGGUCCCGCCACCUCCCGCCUUCCACGGCGACGCUUGGCGCCAACCGCGACGCCGCACGCAACCCUCAGGCUUAUUGCUACUCACUAUUUUCACCCUCGUUUUGGCCGCCGUAGUCGUCACGACCGUCUCCUUCACUGGGGGCUUGACGCGGAUCGCCGUGGGCGCGCUGACGGCAGCUCUCGCCAUCGUGGCGGCAUGCGUUUGUGAUCGCGGCUCGGCUCGGCGCACCAAGACAGAGGACAUCACUUCACGCAACGAGUGA